AUGUGGACGAGUCUCUAUGUACAUACAACGCGUCGCGAUUAUGCAAGGGUGGAAUGCAAAAAGGCACAACCGAAAGAAGUAAUGCUGCCAGCGAAUUUGGCGAAGACGAGAGCUGCAGGACGCGGGGCCUACGAUUUCAUGUGGUCAUUGGGUGCGCUUCCUGAUGGUUUUCCCGCAGCAUACGCCGCUUAUGCGGCCGGACGUAGCUAUUCGGGCUAUCCUAGCUUCGGGCUGCCAUAUCCUGCAGGUAAUCCCUUGGCGAGCUUGCACCACCAACUGUCCGGCAAUCACUACCAUCACUUGGCGACACUUCUCCCAUACCACCCGCUCGAAUUGAGCGGGGUUUACAAUGUACACGCCAUGCAUCUGUGA